AUGAGAGAAAAAAGGGAUCAAAGUUUUGAGGAUUCAGGUGAUGAUUGGAGCUGUCGAAAAAUCCUUCUCUUCAGCUGCUCGUUGGUGGCAUUGAGAGCGUCACCUUGGGCGAUGAAGAAGCAAGGCGAAGAGAAGUGCAGAAGACAGUUCUUGAGAGAAAAUGGUUCUCCCACAUUUACAUGUGCUGUUGAAAUGAUAUCUAGAACUGAAUGUCGUGUCCAUCACAGAUUAGAUGCUACUGUGGAUGCAAUACUUUCAGGAAAAUCUCCUUUGUUUGAAAUCCGUCACAUGGAUCCUGAGGUGAAAAGCUCAGAUGAUUUGGCGAAGAUCUCACAAAAGCAGCAGAAGGAAGACACUGAUUUCGUUAAGCUUGCUAACAGAAGUACUACUGGAACAGAGUCCGAGGAUGACUUAUGA